AAUAUCAAGAACUGUAUGCUCUUCUUAAAAACCGACAUUACAUUAUACAAGGUUUAAAAAAAAAAGUUCCAGAUUGUUACAUAUUAAAUUCGUCAUAAAUAAGUCUACAAAUAAUACUUUGUCACCUGCCAAAAUAAUCGCAGUACUUGCACGGUGUUCCGUUGGGACUGUCUCCCACUGUAAAUUCAUCAUACGCAGUUUGAGUUUAACGAUUUCUGCCAAAAAUAUUUCUGAACGGGUUGUUUCUUAUAAACCAGCCCUGUUAUUUUCCAAUGCACUGUAGACAGAUACAAGCAGGGUUACUAACAAUCACGAUAAACCAUAGCUGAAUCCUUUGGCACAAUAACAUCUGGCUUCCGUUCAACCUGAAAUGUUUAUUCAGAAUUGGUGCCACUAAACCGAACUCGAAUUUGCGUGAAACCAAACGCAAGGCUCGAGAUUUUAAAUUGUAAUAAAUAAUCAAUCACCGCUUAAUUUUUACUCACGGGCUAGCGGCAACUGACCGUGUUAAUCUAAAACAGUGUUACGCUCUUUACAUCCCCACACAGCCUUAAAAGAAUCGCCAUUUACACACUCCAACAGCAGCCGCCCGAUCUCGACUCAGCUGCCCUGAAGCCGCUCCUCACCCAGAAAGCGAAGAGCGCUUUUCACUCGAGUGACGUAAACAGGCAGGGAUCGGCGGCGGCUGCAGAGGAGGAGGCCGCGCGCGCUGUUCCCUCCACUACUCCCUCCCUCUGCUUCCCUGUCAGCGAGCAGCCUGAUUGGUCCAGGCCUGGAAAAGAGAAUUCGAGAAUCCCGAAUGUGCAGGCCGCGGUGUCCGCGAGGCGGAAAAUAAAAAGCAAAACAGCCCGAGACAAAAGAUACAAGGGAGAAACGCAUCCUCAAGACCGAAAGAAGAGAAUCUGAACGCAGGUAACCGGGGUCGGCGAGCUGGAAACCCGUUACGGGGGUCGGCGGGGAGAGGCCCAGGCGGUGGGCCCUAGGACCUCACUCAGCCCGCUGUAAAAAAAAAAAAAAAAAAAAAAAAAAAAAAAAACAGACAGCCGCGGCCUUAUUCCCGCCGCCUUUUGUAAAAUUGUGCCUGCCGUUGAACAACAAAAGAAACCGGCAUUAAGUCUCUUUCUGGUCUGUGAGAACAUUGGAUCAAAUGUGAAGUUCCUGGGACCAGCAGAUCAUGGACCAAGGAGGUGGGGGGUUGGAACUACAAUCGCAGGAUUUAAAAAUGCCGCACACAAUGAUCAUGCAGGACUUUGUGGCAGGCAUGGGUGGCAUGGCUCAUAUUGACGGUGACCACAUCGUAGUGUCUGUCCCAGAGGCUGUGCUGGUUUCAGAUGUGGUGACUGAUGAGGGGAUCACCCUGGAGGCUGAGGUGAUUGAGGGGCCGGAUAUUGAGCAUGGGGACGUAGUGACCACAGAGGGGGUGAUGGUACCUGAGUCUGUGCUGGGGGCAGAGGUUGCCAUCGAAGAGGCCCUAGAUCACCACAUGUUGGCCACGGACCUGAUCGCUGAGCAAGUGAGGGACCAGGUCUUUGUGGCCGACUUGGUAUCCCACCAUCACCAGGAUGGACACUUGCACCACCAUGUAGUGCAUGAAUCUGAGAUGGUCUCCGAGGAGGUGAUGGUUACAAAUUCAGAUUCAGAGACAGUGAUCCAAACGCAUGAGGGAUUGCCGGCUUCCACCGUCACCAUCAAAACUGAGGAUGAUGAGGACGGCAAGAGCACAUCUGAGGACUACUUGAUGAUCUCCUUGGAUGAUGUAGGGGAGAAGCUUGAUAUUGGAAACACAAACUUGAAGAUCAGCACUGAGAUGACGCAGGGUGAUUGUUCGAAAGAAGACGGCUAUGGUUCAGAGGUCAUCAAAGUAUAUAUUUUUAAGGCUGAAGCUGAAGAUGAUGUGGAAAUAGGUGGAACGGAGGUCGUGACAGAAAGUGAUUUCCACAAUGGGCAUGCAGUGCUGGAGCCAGGGGGAGUGGGGAGGCUUCACAGGGAGAAGAUGGUUUACAUGGCGGUCAAAGACUCCUCUCAGGAAGAUGAAGAUAUCAACUGUGCAGAGAUUGCAGAUGAGGUUUACAUGGAGGUGAUCGUGGGAGAGGAGGAGGCUCCUUCUAUCCAGGAGUCUCAGAUGGACGAUUCCAACAUCAACAAGACGUUUGUCCCUGUGGCCUGGGCAGCUGCUUAUGGUAACAACCUGGACACCAGGCUAGAGAACAAGAAUGGCUCUGCCACCCAGUAUCUACAGAUUAGCGACAGCAACAGCACCAGCCGUGUGCUGAAACAGAAGGCCAGGAAAAGGAAGAGGGGAGAGACCCGGCAGUGCCAAACAGCUGUGAUCAUUGGUCCGGAUGGGCAGCCCUUGACGGUGUAUCCCUGCCACAUCUGUGGAAAGAAGUUCAAAUCACGGGGUUUCCUGAAACGGCAUAUGAAAAACCACCCGGACCACAUGUUCAAGAAAAAGUAUCAGUGCACGGACUGCGACUUCACAACAAACAAGAAGGUCAGCUUUCACAACCACCUGGAGAGUCACAAGCUGAUUAUUAAGGGAGAGAAGGUCCAUGAGUUCACGGAGUACACCCGGCGCUAUCGGGAGGCCAGUCCCCUGAGCUCCAACAAACUCAUCCUACGUGACAAGGAGCCUAAGGUGCAUAAGUGCAAGUACUGCGACUAUGAAACUGCUGAGCAGGGCCUGCUAAACCGCCAUCUCCUGGCCGUCCACAGCAAAAACUUUGCUCAUGUCUGUGUAGAAUGUGCCAAAGGCUUCCGGCACCCUUCUGAGCUGAAGAAGCAUAUGAGGACACACACGGGUGAAAAGCCGUACCAGUGCCAGCACUGCGAGUUCCGCUGUGCUGACCAGUCCAACCUAAAGACUCACAUCAAGAGCAAGCAUGGCACUGAUCUGCCCUACAAGUGCGGCCACUGCCCGCAGGCCUUUGCUGAUGACAAGGAGCUCCAGAAACACACAGAGAUCUUUCAGGGCCACAAAACUCACCAGUGUCCACACUGUGACCACAAGAGCACCAACUCCAGUGACUUGAAAAGGCACAUUAUUUCUGUUCACACCAAGGACUUCCCACACAAGUGUGAAGUGUGCGAAAAGGGCUUUCAUCGGCCCUCAGAGCUCAAGAAGCACUCAGAGACACACAAGGGCAAGAAGGUUCAUCAGUGCAGGCACUGCGACUUCAAAAUCUCGGACCCUUUCACGCUUAGUCGCCACAUCCUGUCAGUCCACACCAAGGACCUCCCCUUCAAAUGCAAACGGUGCAAAAGGGGCUUCCGGCAUCAGAAUGAACUCAAGAAGCACAUGAAGACCCACAGUGGCAGGAAAGUUUAUCAGUGCCAGUAUUGCGAAUAUAACACUACGGACGCAUCAGGCUUUAAACGACAUGUCAUAUCUAUUCACACCAAGGACUAUCCUCACAGGUGCGACUACUGCAAGAAGGGUUUCAGGCGGCCCUCGGAAAAGAAUCAGCAUAUAAUGCGACACCACAAAGACGCUCUAAUGUAAUGUUGUAUGGCCCCUUCCUACUCUUCCCUCUUUCCUUGUUUGGGGAUGUGGAUGGGGUGGGGCUGGGAAGAUUACGUUUCUAUGGUAAAUGAUGAUACAUUUUAGUGAACUGUUCUCCUGGUCAGUGCUGAUUCACAUAUUUUCAUUCAUUGUAAAAAAAAAAAAAAGAAAUAAGUCUUGAACAGAAGUAUUAAGAGUCAGCGAGGGAGGUGGGAGCCGGGGCGAGGGGAAAUAUGUUUGCGCUCUCUGUUUGGCUUUCUUGUCUUUCGUUUUGGUUUGUCUUGAUUAGAAGCGAAAGAAUCACUCAUCUUAAAUAUUCAGGGGUUCAAAUACCAGACCCUCCUUAUUUCAAAAUAGCUUUACAAAUGAAUUAUGUGCUGAAAUUAAUUCUGUCCUUUCCACUUUAAACAGCGUCUCAUCAGUUGGGAUAACUGCAAAACACAAUCUUUUGUUUUUGUUUUAACAUUGUCAUACAUAAUCAAUACAUUAUGUUAUUUCCAAUGUCAUCAAAAUGAGGUAGAAGGUUAUGAGGUUCCAGCUGCAUUGUGACAGUCCGUUCUGUAUUCUUCUCUCGGUGCAGUGUGAAUCGAAUAUAGCUUAUUAACAGCUAAUCAUUAGAACGGAAGCUUUAGGUACCUCAUAUAGGAAGUAUUUAGUUAACAGGUUUCAUGUUACCACUACGACUUGGGUUGGAGCUUUUUCCAACUUUUUGGAAACACACACAAUUUUGCAUAUUGGUAACUUUUAAGAAUUUUAGAUCUAGAUGUGCGAACCCUUAUCAGCCCCACCAUGUCUACAUGCUUUAGCUCUCAUAAGGACUUCAGAUUACAUCAUCUUCAGAGGCUUGAGUCAAACUAUUUGAACCCCUGAACAUUUUGUAUACAUUUGCCCCACUGUUUGUUUUUUUCCCUCAAUUAAAUAUUAUUGUCUCCCUAAAUAAACCUUAUAUUGCUGAUGCAUAAAACUCGGAGAAGCAGUGAGUGCACAAACUGGUGUGCUUGCUCAAUGAUAUGCAUUUUUUUCUAGAUAUUUUGUAACCCGUGUAAAUUUUACAAUAAACUACAGAUGGCCAUAGAGUUAACCCAUUCAGCCAUCCCUGGCUUUUAUUCUGGACAGUCCAAUCUACAGUGCCCUUUGUUUUGUUUUUAAUUGUUUGUUUUGUUUUUAAAGGAAAAGAAGAGUUAAAAAUAAGACAUGAUUGAAUGAAGGCAGUAGAAUUUAUAGUCAUAAAAAUCAAUUGUAGAUCAAGAUGUAAAAAUAGUCUUAGCAAUCCACGCUCAAGGAAGAAGAGUUUUGUGAAAAAUGCUGGUUAAAGUAUUUCAGUAGUAUUAGUAAACACAGUGGUACUGUACAGUAGAUGCUAAAUAUUCUUUGCAUUGACGUAAUAAACCACUGGUCUAUGCACCUUCACUUUACAUGGUACAGUUUUUAUGCAAAUUGUUUAUUUCUUUCCAUAUUCACCUUGCUUCAAAAAGGGGACCUGCCAUUUAAAUUGUGAAAUGGCUUACCUCUGUGAUUGUCUAGUCUAAUCUAGUCUAGUCUGCCUCCCAGGCCUGAACUCUAACCACUUGUCUACUUCCUUCAAGCCCUUGGUUCUUACAAAUAAGUCAUAUAAUGCCUCCUACUCCUGGCCCCAACUAUAAAUAAAUGAUUAGGGUACACUACCUCGCUGUACUAUUUACUUGGUCCCCACUGUCUCUAUGUCCUUUGUUCUCUUGUUGUAUUACAUAACAUGCAAGUACUGUACUUGUUACCAUUACACCACUUGUUAGUGUAAAUCUAUGGUUCUCAAACUUAGUCAACCUGGGACCACCUUUGAGGUAACAUGGGUCUGCUGUAACCCUUUCUGCAACAAACAAAUAUUACUCAUAAACUGCACCACUGAAAUGCAUCUAGUUUUAGAUGUUCGUAAUAUAAAGGAGAAGCACAUAUAUAGACACACACAAAGAAUUAUUCUUAAUCUGGCAGUGCACUAUAACCUGAAUAUUGGCAUCUUUUAUUUUGAGCCUUCUCUGUUUGACUGAGCUGGUAUCAAUGUAGUCUGCUUGUGAUGGGGUUGUUUUUCAACUCCCAGGGGGUACCUAAGGCCCAGUUUGAGACUGGCUAGAUAAUGAGUGACCGGAUUCACAAAAGAUACCGGGUUGGUUUAUGUUUUUUAUUUUUUUUAUUUUAUUUUACACGCAGCUGCAUGCAACAAUAAGCUUUUUUUUUUUUUUUUUAAAUCUUCUAUAGAGAAAUGCUUAAGUUUAUCUCUGGGUAAAUGCACCACACAGACUUCAGCUUGUAGCUUUAUCUGUUUCAACAAAUUGCUUUUUAUUUUAUUAUUUUAAUUUUUUUAAAGAAGAACCUGUCCAGUUUACUAAUCUUCCACCAAAAAAAAAAAAAGGUCUGGACAAGUGUUUGAACAAUAGCUUAAUCUGCUUUUUUUGUAUGUUACACCUGCAAGUUCUUGCACUUGGUUAAUUCAUCUAGUAACUGCCAAUAAACAUUAAAAUAGGAGACUUUCUGUAAGAAAUUAAUUGUAUUUUGUAGUAUGUGGUUAUGAGCAAUUAAGUAUUUUCUUUGUUUCUGGUCACAAUUUGAUGUUAACUGUACAGCAUGUAGAAAUGAGGCAUGAGGUUUAGUGAAUUGUCCCAAAUUAAUUCUAAUAAUACUGUCUUCUCAUCAAUCUCAAACCACUUGGCACUCCUACUAUGUAUUUGUUUGUGGAAAUUCAUCUUUAAGAAAUUACAGUCUGAAAAGGCUCAUCCCAAUUGGUAAUUUGUCUAGAAGAAAAUGUUACUGUAUUUUAGCUGUUCAGUGCUAGAUAUUAAGAACCCUGUAUUAUUUUGUCUAUCCAGGGCUUGAUAUCCGUUCUUCUGGGAUAUACCCUCUUCAUUGUAAUGAACUACAAAAUGUUCUCGACUGAUUAGCAGGUUCAAAGGUGGAAAUGUAUUGUUAACUAGCCUGUUAAACGAGUACUAUUGUAACCAGUGCAGACUAGUGUAUAUGUGAUCAGUCAAACUGGGGAUUUCAGGGUCUUUCUAUCCUACCUAGAUUACCAAAAACUCCCAAAUUUCAACAAGUCUAUAUUCAUUGUAGACUGCACGUGCUAAAACCAGCCUUUAUAAAGGACUGAAUACUAAGGUCCUGCUAUUAUGCACGACCAUAGAAACCUAUCAGCCUUGAAUAGAUUUCUAAGAAUCAAAGUGUUUUAAUUGAAAUACCUGUCUAGAGUAGAAUAUGUAAGGUACUGUAUGUGGAGCCUUAUGUUUACAGUAGCGAGAGCAAAGCGACCGCAGUACUUUAAUGAUAACAGUUGAGCUACCAGUAAUUAAUGAGUCGGAAACUUUUUUUUUUUUUUUUUUUUUUUACCAUGACCUGAUGCACUGUGUAUUGUUGCAACAAGCUGAACCUAGUGAAGUAGAGUUAUUGCUGCAUCCAGUGAUUGCAUCACAAAGUAAUGCACUGAAUUGUUUUUAGGGUCUUCAGACUUUUUAAAAGCCAAUUUAUUUUAGAAAAUAAAAAAUCAUCAUAAUAUAAAACUAAAUGUGUAAUGUGCUCAGAAUUUUUGUGUGACAGAAUCGGCUAUGUAGACAUGGUUUUAUUCAGCAGCUAUCUUAAAAUAGCUUUAAGUAAGUAUUAAAUGCUCUGAACCAUUUGUUCUGUAUUUAGUGUACUUGUGAUUAUUUUUUUGCACAGGCAUUAAUGGGGGAGGGGUCAUCUGUGCUUCGCUGCAGAUCUGUAGUUUUAACAAGGGGUUCAUGUUUUUGGUGCACAAGAACAUCUGUAAACUACAUUUCCCAUAGUACUGUUCUGGUGGCUUUUAUUUCUAGUUGAUGCUACAUGCAGUGUUUUGAGAUUAGAUACAGUCAGUGAGGGAGGGGGUUUCGUGCAAGUCUGCUCCUAAAAUGGUAAUAAAAAUGCCAUGUCAUAAAAUUGAAUCUUAUGGAUAAAUAGGUAAUCUUGUCCCAGAUGCAGAUUCUGUGUGCUGCUGCCCCAUUUGUUUUGUAUUUUUUUUUAAUUGCCCACUGUAAAAAAAAAAAAAAAAAAAAAAAAGGAAUAAAAAUCUAUAUUACAGUAUUUCAGAUGUAUUUUCAAUGAAUGCACAUUUACGCCGAAUUGUAUGUACGUGUACUAUAUAUAACACUUGAACUUAAAAUAUUUAACUGGUGCUGCCAGCUGCUGAGGAAAAAAUUUAACACAUUGUUUUUGUUGAAUGUUGUAUAUACUGUACAAAUUAUUUGGUAAUAAGGUGUGGUUUAAGUGUAUUCUUGGUAUGAAAACCACAAUCCAUUACAACAAGCAGGGUUCAGGGGCGAUUUAAAACAAACUAGUCAAUUUUUGUGUGUUUUUUAUAAGUUGUGAAGUUUUAUUAAUUUAGCUUUUUCAGCUGUUUAUCCUUUUUUUUUUUUUUUUUUUUUUUUUGUGCCAGAUAGAGUCAGUUCCAUGGAAAGUCAAAGUUUUAUAUUUCUAAACUUUAGAAUGGUCAUUUUGAGGAUGACACAUUUUUUGUGGUUGACGUGGCUGAAAAAUUUAUGUAUGCCAUGUAAGGAAAGAAAAAAGCUUUUGUCUUUUGUAUAUGGGAUUAUUUAAAUAUGUGUUCCUCAUUUAAUGUAAAUAUCAAAGAAUAAAAAUCAUCUCUUUUA